AUGAAUCUCAAACAAUCCCACCCUCAAAAAUACUACAUGAAAUUGGUAUUCCGAUGUCUCUAUUACUUCGGCUUAGGAGAUGGUUGGUACGAACAGACUAACCGUUCCGCAAACGCCAAAAAACUCUAUCUGAUCUGGGCAGUCAUCGCUAACCUUUAUGUAGUAGGGAUCAUUUGCAAUGAAUGUUUAGCAAACUUCAGGAGUGAUCUAUCAGACCUCGAGAAGAAUGACCUAGUACAAUUUACGUUCGCGCACCUAUCAAUAUUGGCGAAAAUCAUGUCGUUUUAUUUCCAAAAGUCGAAGAUCCGGAUCAUCUUUGAGAAGUUGUUAGAAGAGACCAGGUCUGUGUUCUAUUCCGAAGAAUUGGACAAACAGUGCGUGAAGCAAUACAUUAGAUAUAGUCUGGCUUUGAUUGGAGUAUCUUAUUUGACACUGUUCACCACUACUAUCAAUGGUAUUAGAGUUCAUUUUAUGGAAGGCAUUCCAAUCAGAACCGAAGUGACCUUCUACCCUCGAGCAUCUGACUCCGGCUACCUCAUUAAUAUCUUACGUUUCUUCAUCGAGUUCCAUUGGUGGUACAUCGUCGGCAUCAUGGUGGUAAUCGACUGCCUCGGAGUCGCCUCUCUGGUCUUCGUCAGCUAUAAAUUCAAGCUACUCCAGCUUUAUUUUAAGCAGAUGAGGGAGAAGGUUUUGGAGAAUCAUGGCAAGGUGGAGAGGAAAGUUCUAGAAGAUGAGUUUAAGAAGGAUUUUGUAGUGGGGGUUAAGCUGCAUGCACAUGCGUUGUGGUGUGCCCGCAAUGUCCAGCAAGGCCUCGGCAGUAUCUACAGCGUGUUGGUGUUCGAAAGUGUCUCCUUGAUGGUCAUGUGUCUCGUCAAACUUGUGGCGUCGCUGGUGUCCACGGCGAUUUUCCACUGCGGUUGGGAGUUUAUCCGAGCGGACACGAAGCUGCGUGUGCUGACGGUGUUUGCUAUACAGCAAAGCCAAGUGCCGGUGUACAUGAUGGCGUUCGGCAUCAUGACGCUAUCUUACAACAACUUUAUAUCGAAAAGUCAGAGGUGUGUGUCCUUGGGAUUUGAACCUGCGGACAUUCGUCCCGGCAUGGCAGUCCGUUCCACAUCCAACCAGGCUAUCGCCGCUAAAUGA